UGUUUAAACAUAACUCAACGUCUCAGCCUAUACUCGCUACUCAUAAUUUUGUCAAUAAAGAGCAACAAGCGGACUAAAAAGAAAUAAGUUGGACUUUAGGAGAAAAAACAGUGGUGGAUCUUUGGCGGAGGAAUGAAGAACAGCCUCAUGAGGUUCAUUGCUGGAAGAGCUUCGACAAUAGUUGAUAAUCCAACUUAUUCAUCCUGGCGAUUCUAUUGUUCACCAACUUCAUCUUCCACCCGUCCUCCUCCCAACGGCAAACUCUUUGUCGCAGGAUUGUCAUGGUCAGUUGAUGAGAAAUCCUUGAAAGAUGCCUUCUCCUUUUUUGGCCAAGUCUCAGAAGUGAGGAUAAUGUAUGAUAAAGACACUGGUAGGUCAAGAGGCUUUGGGUUUGUUCACUUUUCUAAAGAAGAUGAAGCCAGAUGUGCUAAAGAUGCUAUGGAUGGAAAGGCAUUGCUAGGUCGACCGUUAAGGAUAAGCUUUGCUCUUGAAAAGAUUCGUGGUGCACCUGUUGUAGUCCCUCGCCUGCCUAAUGGUAAUGCUUGAACUCCUCAAGUAUUUGGAAUCUCCUUAUCCUUGAUAGGGAUCGGGGCAGUGAUGUUGCAGUGGGGUUGAUGAACUACAUUAUCAUUAGCAACAUAUGGUAGUAGUUGGUAAAGAUAUAGCUAAACUCCACAUACACCUCGUGGUAUGGUUUUUUUUAUUUAAGAUCUUGUGUUUUAGUUAUAUUCCCAAAGGGAGUACCGGUAUUAAAAUUUCAGUUACUUUUUUGUAAACAAACAAUAAUAACCUUUGUUUUAAUCUUACAUCUGAGCAUUUGGCUCAUUGAUUAA